CUGAAUUGGUCACCGCGCGGUCGUCGUGGAGCAGGGCGGCGGGCUCUUACGUGGACAAGUAAGUCGGAAGUUUUUGGCCACGGGAUAGGCUCUCAAAGGCGUUCUUGGUCUCCAGCUGUUUUUUCCAAAGACGGGCCACGGACUUUCAGAUCUUUGCUGCCAUUCGCAAUGAACACGCCGUGUGAAUGAGUCCUCCCCCUUAUAGACGCACGCACUGUUUUCCUUGGAUCGUGGCGCGCGCGUGGCUAGCACGCUGCCGACUGCCACCGCCUGCGCCCUUCAUGGGCUCGCCUUCCGGCGCACGGGCUUGACUUGACCUCUCCCUCGCCUUUUCUCCUCUCCCUCCCUCCUCUCCUCUCCCUCCCUCCCCUCCCUCCCUCCACCUUUUUUCUCGUGGGCUUCGCGGAAUCGCCUGUGUACUGUGGCUCCCACAGGCUUGGAACCUGUGUAUGGUUGUUACCGGUCCUCCAGACUGGAGCCCUCCCUCCCCCCUCUUCACGACGGCGAGCCCGAGGGCGAGCACGAUCACGAGCACGCACGACGACGCCGGCGACCUCCAGGUGCACCUGCUCGGCCCAGGACUCCGCGCUCCUGCCCGCCCGGCGCCUGGCCGUGCUCGACUUCUACGCCUCGGCGCUCCAGGCUCGGCUGCGCGCGGGAGAGUGGCCCUUCGCCGGAGUGGCCCUUGGCGCUGGCCCACGGGGGCGCCCCGAUCGCCGAGCGCGACGCGACAGCCGCGUCGUGCGCGCUCGUGUUCGGUGCCCCCGCGGCCCCUCCGAGAGCCGCGCACCCCGGGGUCACUCUUGCCCGGGGUCACGCUCGCGUGCAGCCGGCAGGAGUACAGCGACAAGGAGCUGACCGCGCUCCUCCAGGUCGCCAAGGGUGGCGGCGAGCUGGUCGGGGAUUCGCUCGCCGUCGUGGAGAGGUGGGGCAGAUACAAGGAGGUGCAGAUCCACGGCGAGAUCCGCUGGGACACGAACGUAAGUGCCCUCGUCGUUAACGACAGGCACCGCGGCGACCCCCUGGUAGAGAAGAUCAGGCAGAAGCUGCCCGCCCCUGUUCGAUGGAUGGAGGACAUGAAGUCCAGGGUUGUCAACAGGGCCGACAGGCUGCAGACGCGGGACAGCUCGGUCAAGCUGAACUCCCUCUACGAAGACUCUCAGAGCAGCACAACCAGCAUCUGAAGCGCUCGGCGUAUGCGCGUUUUUUUUGUUGCUGUUGUUGUCCAGCCCUUCGGUUGCCACACUUCAGGGCCUAUUGGUCGGCGGAUUUCUGGCAUUGCAGCGCUGCUCUCAGAUCUCCGACGAUCUGACUUUUUCACAUGUUGGCGGAUGUCCGGGCGCACAUUUAGGAGGGCCGGGUUCUGCUGGGCCGUUGCCAGAAGCGCCCGUCUGACCAGAGGGUUCCCGGGCUGCCGCUUCCAGCUCGGCGCUGCUGCAGCUUCUCCUGGGCCCCACCGCUGCACGCUCAGGACUCCUGGGGCUGCCGGUGUGAUCUCCCUCUUCGCCUCAGCGCUGCGCUGAUGUUCCCGGUGUUUUUUUUUUUGUUUGUGCGACCGCGGGGCCCGGUCGGACCGGAGCCAGGCCGCGCGCGGGAUCCGCGCUCCGAAGGGGGCAGCGUGCCGCGCGAGUGAGAGCUGCGGCGUGCGAGGACAGGUCGUGCGCUCGAGGAGUCAGACGGUGACAAUCGAAUCUUAGAUAUCUACAUACACGAAUGGGCCUGCGGCACAGGCAGAGCGGAGGCCAGGCCCGCCGGCGGAGGGCCAGGCCCAACGGCGAGACGCCGACGCUCAUCCCUGCGGUGACUUCCGGCUGGCGAUUUAGCCUGCGCAGAGACGUUUAUGUUAUAGCGUUCUUCGCCC